CAUCACUCAAACCAAUUGCCAACUGAAAAUUUUAAUAGUUAGUUAUAGUCAAUUUGGAGCCAAGACCAUGGCAUCUCUAGCAACCUUCGCCGCCGUGCAACCCGCCGCCGUCAAGGGCCUCGCCGGCAGCUCCAUCACCGGAACUAAGCUUCAUGUCAAGCCAUCUCGCCAGAACUUCAAACCCACCAACUAUAGAUCUGGUUCUGUGGUUGCUAAGUAUGGUGACAAGAGUGUUUACUUUGAUUUGGAGGAUUUGGGCAACACCACUGGCCAGUGGGACUUGUAUGGAUCAGAUGCACCUUCACCAUACAACUCUCUCCAGAGCAAGUUCUUCGAGACAUUUGCAGCUCCUUUCACCAAGAGAGGAUUGUUGCUCAAAUUCUUGAUACUGGGAGGUGGUUCAACCCUAGCAUAUCUCAGCUCCACAGCCACAGGUGACAUUCUACCUAUUAAGAAGGGCCCACAACUUCCACCGAAGCUCGGACCUCGUGGCAAAAUCUAAGUAUCUUGGAACCCACAUCCUUUAAUCUUUUUACUGCGUUAAAUGUAUCAUUUCCACAACUUGUAAGUAUGUUCGAAGCCUACGUAAAUGUUCUGCUAAUACAUUCGAUUUGGUUGUGACUUUGGUAUUGCUUUUAAAUCUAAUGAAUUUCUGUUCAGAUUA